AUUAGAUGAUUGAAUGGUCUCGUUUUACGAUCUGCAAAUCUCUGCAAACUGCAUGUGGCACUGAGCUGCCCCUAAUGUUUUUAUGUGCAGCCGGCUUAAUCCCACAACUGAGUGAGUGAGUAGGGGUGACCAAGGGGGUGCAACUUAAACAUGCAAAGGGGCUGGCUAGGGGAAGAACAUUAGCCCAUCAGGGGUGAGUAUGGUAGUGACAUCACAAGGCCUUUUGCAGUGCCUCAUCUUAUUGGUUAAAGUAUGUUGGGAAGUGAUGACUUCACAGAGAGUCCAUGACAAUGGCCAAAUAGAACAGGAUGUAGGGGUGGGGUAAUAUCAGAGAAUAUGGCUUUGUUGCAGGGGGGGGUCUCCUUCUUGAAGUCUGCCCUUGAGGCCUGAGAGAGUAUUCAGGGUAACGAAUGUGAGCAUGAGGAGGGAGCCUCUUUGGAGUGUGUUCUCCUUUCCCAGAACUAAUUGAUCUUGAAGACUAAAGUCCCUGUGGAGAAGGUUUCCUUAGUGUGAAGUAAAUGAGUUUCUGCAGCCUACAGGCCAGAAUAAACAAACACUUGCCAUGGCAUCUGCAGCUCCACCAGUUACGUUUAAGGAGUUUUGCCCCCUGUACUAUCUCCUCAAUGCCAUUCCUACGAAGGUCCAGAAGGGAUUUCGUUCCAUUGUGGUGUACCUCACAGCACUUGAUACCAGUGGGGAUUACAUUGCUGUGGGCAGUAGCAUCGGCAUGCUCUAUCUGUACUGCAGACGUUUAAACCAGAUGAAAAAAUACAAUUUUGAGGGGAAGACUGAAUCUAUUACUGUUGUAAAAUUGUUGAGCUGCUUCGAUGAUCUUGUUGCUGUUGGUACAGCUUCAGGCCGGGUUGCAAUUUUUCAACUUGUCUCUUCGUUGCCUGGAAGAAACAAACAACUUCGGAGAUUUGAUGUGGCUGGUAUCCAUAAAAGCAGCAUCACAGCCUUGGCUUGGAGUCCCAAUGGAAUGAAAUUAUUCUCUGGUGAUGACAAAGGGAAAAUUGUCUAUUCUGCUCUAGAUUUAGAUCAGGGUGUUUGCAACUCCAGUCUGGUAUUGGAAGAGCCAUCUUCAAUUGUACAGUUGGAUUAUAGCCAGAAAGUGCUGCUGGUCUCUACUUUACAGAGAACUCUACUUUUUUACACAGAAGAAAAAUCUGUCAAGCAAGUUGGAACACAACCCAGAAAAAAUGCUGGCAAAUUUGGAGCAUGUUUUAUACCUGGACUGUGUAAGCAAAGUGACCUGACACUAUUUGCUUCAAGGCCUGGGCUCCGUCUCUGGAAGUCUGAUGUGCAUGGAACCGUUCAGGCCACGUUCAUUUUAAAAGAUGUAUUUGCUGGAGGAAUAAAGCCUUUUGAACUGUAUCCUCGAUUGGUGUCAUCUGACAAAAGAAGUUACAGCUUCCCAGAGAAACACCUGGGGAUCAUUUCUUGCCUUUCCCAGGAAGGAUGGGUGCUAAGCUGGAACGAAUAUAGUAUUUAUCUAUUUGAUACUAUAAACCAGGCUGUGAUAGGUGGCUUGGAAGGCUCUGGUGAUAUUGUGUCUGUGUCCUGUACCGAAAAUGAGAUUUUUCUCUUAAAGGGAGAUAGAGACAUAAUAAGAAUUUCAAACAGACCUGAAGGACUUGUAUCAAUAGUGAAAGAUGAUUUGGAAACAUCACUGGUAUUGGAGAAAAGUCUUGAUAAAGUGGGGGACUUGCGCAGUGAAACAAGAAAAAGAGCCUGUUCAGUAGCCAGUGAACCAAGAAGCAGGAGCAGUUCAGUAAAUUCUGUGGAUAGUGGCUCUAGUCUCCUGACAAGUGGAGACCAACCAUUGUCUGAAGUGAGGAGGUCCAGCAUAAGCAGCUGUGAAGACUUUGAUCAGGAACUCAUUAUAAAGCCCAUCAAAGUGAAAAAGAAGAAAAAGAAAAGACCAGAAAAUAUGACCAGGAAAAGCCACAGCUGUUUGGAAGGUACACCAAGUUAUGAGCGUCAGUUUUCUGGUGACAGUGUACAUUCUUUAAAUGCAGAUUCGUUGUCUGUGACUUCUAGCCUAAUGAGCUAUAGUAUAGAUUGCUUGAGCACAGGCUCUCCAGAUCAAGAAAGUCAGUACAGUGUGGAGUCACAUGCUGUCUUGCAGGAAGAUAAUGGCUCAGAUUCAUUCAGUGUGCUUCAGUCCCCCGAAUCUGUUGCUGUGUUAAUGCAUGAACAAAACGGAGGAACAACUGAAUUACUAAAACUUCCUAACAGAGAUAGUGGAAUGAAUACACUAGUUGUUACAGCUACUCUGACAGCCAACCCUCUCUUAAUCCUCAAUGAAGACUUGGGGGAUAAUGAUAAUACAGAAUGUAAUCCAAGCCUGCUUUCUGAAAAUACUGAAUGCCAUUAUACAUUUUCACCCCAAGAGGAACAAGAGAAUUUUCCUGAGUUAUGCAAAGUAGAUGAAACUUUUGCUAGAAUAAAUCUGAAAGAUACUGAAAAUGCUUUUGAAGAAACUAAGAUCACAGACACAGUGUCUUUAGGGUUUAAUUCCACAUGUGGUACUGAAAAGUCACUGAAACAGGACAUAAGUGAUGUAACUCAUGAGGAAGAGCAGCAGCCACGUUUUUUAAUAAAUACUGCCCCAGAAAACCCUACCAAUCCCCAGUCUGACCUCUCAAGGGAAGAUGUAUGCUCACAAGAGGCUGCAGUUUCUGGAUGGAACUUGGAGGAUGCAAUCAAAGCUACAUGUAGUACUGGUGCAGCUGAAUGGGUAACCAACGCACAUGAUACCAUGACAGAGAAAUCUGUGUCCAGUGAUGAAGAGGAUAUUUAUGGGCAUGGACUACCAUAUUCAUCUUCGGAGACUAGUGUGACAGAAAUUGGGGGAAGUUUUACUUCCCAGGAUAUAACCAGAACUAACCUAGAUGAAAUAAUGCUCUUAAAAUCAGAUCAGUUUGCAGAAAGCUGGAUGGGAUAUUCUGGCCCUGGCUAUGGAAUACUCAGCCUGGUUGUCUCAGAAAAGUAUAUUUGGUGCCUGGACUACAAAGGUAGUCUAUAUUGUAGUGCUUUACCUAGUGCAGGUCUGCGGUGGCAAAAGUUUGAAGAUGCAGUCCAGCAGGUGGCAGUCUCACCUUCAGGGGCUCUUCUUUGGAAGGUUGAACAGAAAACUAACAAAGCAUUUGCCUGUGGAAAAGUAACCAUAAAAGGAAAGCGCCACUGGUAUGAGGCUUUACCUCAGACCGUUUUUGUAGCUUUAAGUGAUGAUACUGCAUGGAUUAUCAGAACUAAUGGAGAUCUGUAUCUGCAAACAGGUCUGAGUGUGGAUCGUCCCUGUGCCAGAGCUGUAAAGGUUGAUUGCAUGUAUCCACUAUCUCAGGUUACAGCCAGAAACAAUGUUGUGUGGGCACUAACUGAGCAGCGGGUACUUCUCUAUCGAGAGGGAGUGAGCAGCUUCUGUCCUGAAGGAGAACAAUGGAAGUGUGAUAUUGUCAGUGAAAUUCAAGCUUUAGAACCAGUGUGUAUAACUCUUGGAGACCAACAAACUUUAUGGGCUUUGGACAUACGUGGAAAUCUGUGGUUCAGAACUGGUGUAGUUUCAAAGAAACCACAAGGAGAUGAUGACCAUUGGUGGCAAGUAAGCAUUACAGAUUACGUCGUGUUUGACCAAUGCAGCCUCUUCCAGACAAUAAUCCACGCAACACACACAGUGGCAACAGCAGCCCAGGCUCCAGUAGAGAAGGUGGCAGAGAAACUUCGAAUGGCAUUUUGGUCACAGCAGCUUCAAUGUCAGCCCAGCCUUCUUGGAGUCAACAGUAGCGGGGUCUGGAUCUCUUCAGGCAAAAAUGAGUUCCAUGUAGCAAAGGGAAGUCUAAUAGGAACGUAUUGGAAUAAUAUUGUGCCUCGAGGUACUGUUUCUGCCACAAAAUGGGCUUUUGUUUUAGCUUCCACAUCUCCAACUAAAGAAGGAAGCUUUCUGUGGCUAUGCCAAAGCAACAAGGAUCUGUUUUGUGUCAGUGAUCAGAAUCCUCAGUUUCAUCCUUCUUCAGUGCAGCUACUCCCUGAUGUUGAAAUGGUGUGCUAUUCGGCCUGCCAGGAUGCCAUAUGGGGUUUGGAUAAUCAAGGACAGAUCUUUAUCAGAACACUUUCACCAAGUUGCCCAGCUGGGAUGCACUGGACAAAACUGGACCUUUCUCAGCUAGGUAUGGCUCUUUGUGGAGCUAUAAAAUUGAUCAGUUUGUCAUGUGGAAAUCAGCACAUUUGGGCCUGUGAUACUAGUGGUGGCGUUUACUUCCGAGUAGGAACUCAGCCUCUAAACCCAAGUUUAAUGCUUCCUGCAUGGAUAAUGAUUGAGCCACCUAUACAGCCAGUGGGAUUAAACUUGGUCAGUGUUCAUUCAAGUCCAAAUGAUCAGAUGCUAUGGGCAAUUGAUAGCAAAUGGAAUGUCCACGUACGAAUAGGAAUUACAGAAGAAAUGCCGGUAGGCACAGACUGGGAGCAUGUACCAGGGUUGCAGGCAUGUCAUCUGGCUAUAAGUACAAGAACUGUUUGGGCCCGCUGUCCAAAUGGAGAUGUAGCCCGUCGGUAUGGCAUUACUGACAAGAACCCAGCAGGAGACUACUGGAAGAAAAUUCCAGGCAGUGUGUCUUGUUUAACAGUGACACCUCUAGAUGAACUGUGGGCGAUUGGUUCUUCAGGAUAUCUUCUUCAGCGUCUCACAAAGACAUUCAGUCACUCUCAUAGCUUGCAAAAAAAUAGUGACACUUCUGUUUUGCUUCACCCUGAUGAUUUUGAAGAUGAAUGGGAAGUGAUAUGAAGGCACUCAAGCACAUGAAGCAGUGGAAUAACGAGAGAGUAAUGCUCAGAUUUCCUGUAGCAUGCAUAGAGAAUGUUGGUGUUUAAAGCCAAUUAUAUUUCAGAUGCAAUAUUAGCACUUUUUUACUAAAAAACUGACCUGUCAAAUAACCCUCAAAUUGUGUAUUCACAUUUGUUCCAGUAUAUCUUGGGAGACAGUUAAGUGUGGCACACAGAAAUUGUUAAAUUGUAUUAUCCUAGCAGCUCAUUUGGAAAUAUGACUGUAAGUUAAGCAAUGAAAGUAAAUAUUUUACAACAGCAUGCACACUAAUAUAUAUGUACUUCUUUUGAGAGAGAUUUCUGUUGCAUUAAAUAUUUCUCCACAGCCGAAACUUUAAAUGUUUCUCAAUUUCUUUUUGUACUCGAAACUCCACAUAGAGAGAUGUCAUCAGUCAUACAAAUUUAAAAUGAUUCCAAUAUGGAUUUAAAACAUAUUGUACAGCACUAAUGUCAAAAUGAGCAUUGUUUGGACCAUUUUUUUGUUCAAAAAUUCCAAUGCUUCACUAAUUGUCCUUCUCUGGGCACUUGGGUUCAGUACCUGGUUUCAUUCACAGAUGAGAAGUUUGAAAUUAUCCUAACUCAAGUGGACAUUUGUCCACCCCACGUAAUAUCAGGAAACUUUGCUUCAUGAGGCCCAGAACUAGAAUAGCAGCAAAGUGGUAGGUCAGGUUUCUGGUAGGUUGGCAGGAUUGUGAGAGGCAGCUUUCUUGGUAUUUGCUGCACUGUAUUUGUGCCUGUAGCCAGUGCUUUAUGGCAAGUUUUUUUUUUUUUUUUUAAGUACCAGUUUAAAAAUAUGGCAAUUAAUAGAGCUAUAUGUAGUUCUGUCUCCCAUAAAAUGUGAUAUUGUGGGGAGGUGCUUAACAAUAUUGCAAUUUUUAGCUACAUUAGCUAAAUUCUGAAGUGUCUUAACAAAUGUUGCAGCAGAGGUGUUUAAUGAGCUGGGCAAUGUGCUGAAUAAAUUUAAUCAGUGCUGUUUAUUUUUCUUUAUAUUCUAAAUGUUCUCUAAAGGAUACCUCAUUUUUACGCACUAGAAUUGUAAAAGAAAAGAACUUGAGUUCACUGAAGGAAGUGGAAGAAUUUUUUUCUUUGUGUACAUUUUAAACUCAUACAUCAUCAGAAUGUUUAAACAACUGCUAACCAAUGCUGUAAAUGAGCCAGCUUCAGAAGGAGACGAGGAGAAAAAGUGGAAAGAAAAUUCAGUAUUGAGAACCUGGGAGUCAAUGCAUAAAAACGAGACAUGUUUCUGUUUAACCUCUGCUAUCUUUCAAAGUAGUUCUUGCACAUUCAGUGCUUGGUUGGAAUAGACGCAAUUUAAGGUUUGAAUGUAAAUCUGAUUUAAAAAAAAAGAACUAAUUUGGUUCACUUUUUUUAAAAUAGAGCAUGUGCGCUAUUUGUCUUGGUUCUCAGUCUGAUUUUUAAAUCUCGGAUGAUCUGAGUGUGUGUCAUGUUUUGAUUCCCUUUGAUGGCUGAUAUAUUUUGAAUUCUAUCUCAUCUGUAUAUGGGGACUGCCAUGGAAUUUCUUUUUUAGUCUGUCUGGCACUGGCACUGUAAUGGAUGCAGCUUUUGAAGUUACCCAGUUUGAUUUACACAAGCAUGGCAGGGUUUUUUGAGAACCUCAUGGCAAAUGAAAAUUUAGUUUAAAAAAGUAUCUUUUGGCAGCUCCCAAGUCAUCCAGUUCAGAGAAGGGACAAGACAUUUUCUCCACUCCUUUGAAGGAACAGAUGUCAGAUACAAUGGUGUUAUUUAAUACUGAUACUUUUUAUUACUCUUUUUAAAAGUCAUCUUGGUAAUGGCUCAUGCUUGCUAGUUGUUUGUAUACUGCAUAAUACUGUACUUUGUUCAUUAAUAUUAAUUGGUGUUAAAAGCCUUUCUAAAUUGAUGGGAUGUUAUUGUGUAAUUUGCUUAAUCCUGAGCCCAGGUAAUAAUUUGAAACACUUAACCUCCUUACUUUUCUUUAUUUCAGAGCUCUUGAUUUUGUUUUAUUUUUUUGUUGUGCUUUGAGACAAGUGCAAUAAACUAGACUUUUUCCAAACUAUAAUAGUCAGAGCCUCAAU